AUGGCCGGCAUUCAAUGCCUCAACGACGAUCGCAUUGGCCCUGUUGCAGCCAACUGUCGCGGUGGUUCCGACUUGACACAGUUCUUUGAGGCCGUCGUGCUUUCUAUUGUCCCAACAGGCAUGUACAUGCUUGCUGGCCUAUUCUGGUGUCUGACUCAAACGCAACGGUCUGCUACGGUGAAUGGCAGUUCCUUCAAAACCAAGACUACAUGUGCAGGCACCACUACUUGUUCUCGGAAGAUCGCGCACUAUGCCGAACAGGUGCCCGCUAUCGUCGCGUCGGCGGCCCUCGAACUCGCUGCCGCUGUGCUUACCAGUGUGUUAGUCCUGACCCGCCGCCGCCGCCGCAGCGGAUUUAUAUCUCUUUCCAAUCUGAUGGGUCUGUACCUGGCUGUGACGGUUCUCUGCGACAUAGUCCGUUGCCGGACCCUGUGGCUCCUGCAGCAGUCCGAUGACGGGCGCCUCUCUGCGGCCGCCGCUGCAACCUUCACUACAUCACUUGUGAUGAAGGUGCCUCUCUUGCUUUUUGUGUCGCGAGCCAACGACGCCGAUUUGGAUCUGAGACACCAGGGCCCAGGGGGUGUACCUCGUUCCGCGUCCUCGAGUCCGGACACCACCGCUGGCAUUUUUAGUAUUGGAUUCUUCUGGUGGAUCAAACCUCUUAUCCGCCUGGGCUAUCGUCAGGUGCUGACCCUGGACGACCUGUAUGCCUUGAGCCCUCGUUUGGCUCUGUCAAGGCUAGCGGACGGAGACGAAGAUGGAGACUACGACAGCCAAGAUGAUGCUAAGUCGAGCUCCAAGUCGACACUGAUGCUCCUUGUCCGUGCCACCGGCUGGGCGGGGCUGUAUCCAGUGUUGCCGCGGCUUGUUCUCGUCGCAUGCACCGUCGGCCAGGCCAGCCUCGGUCGUAUGAUCCUCAUGUCCGUGUCUGACCCCAAGAACAUCUACGGGUCCGGUAUCGAUCCAGGUGCCAGGUCUGGCCUUGUAGCCGCUACCCUCCUCGUCCACCUCUGCAUCGCCCUGUCUAGUGCCUGCUACGGCUACUUGCACGAGCGCGCCCUCACCCUCGUUCGUGGCUAUCUCAUCCGUCGGGUCUAUCAGCAUGCCGCUCGCCUGUCCGUCACCUCUGAGGCAUCCAAGAGCGCCUCCACCCUGGUCUCCGUCGACGUCGAGACGGCAUACAACGGUCUCCGUCACGCCCAUGAGCUUUGGGCCGUCCCCGUCCAGAUCGCCGUGGCAGCCCGUCUGGCUUACAUUGAGCUCGGUCCUGCUAGCCUCGUUGCCGUUGCAGUCAUCGCCCUAGUUUGCGCCGCCGUCGCCGCCGUCUCACCUCUCAUCGCCGGCCGCCAGCGCGCGUGGAUGACGGCGCUCCAGGCCCGCGUCGCCGCCACAGGCACCAUGAUGCACGCCAUCAAGACGCUCCGCAUGGCCGCCUUUUCCCGCCGUGUCGCCGCUACCCUCCAGCGCAAGCGCACCCACGAGCUCCGUUUGGGAUCCUACUUCCGCACCGCCAUGUCCGUGUCGGCGAGCGUGUCGCAGGUGCCCUUUCUUGUGGCCCCUGUCUUGGCCUUCGCCGUUAACCCACGGCAGAUCAACGCCGCCACCGCCUUUGCGACUCUCGGCUACCUGAGUCUCAUGACCCAGCCCGUCAUGACGGCAAUCCAAGUUGUGCCUAUGGUGCUAGCGACCCGCGUGUGUCUGACGCGGAUAAAGCAGUUUCUGGCCGCGGCUACCCACGUCGAUCGUCGUGUGCUCAGGCCAAUAUUGCUACAUGCACCAUCCUCCGCCGACAUGGCCACCACCCAAGGCGGCGACGGCGACGACAACGAGAACGGAAAAUGGGACGGAAAACCUGAUCAAAAAUUGGCCAUCCGCAUUGCCAACGCUUCCUUCGGCUGGUCCCCUGACGCCAGGCCUGUCCUACGCAACGUCAAUGUCGAUAUCCCCAUGUCCACCGUGACGGCUGUCAUCGGACCUGUAGGCUGUGGCAAGUCGACGCUCCUCCAGGCCAUCUUGGGCGAGAUCCCCAUGAGAGAGAACGAGGGCGUGGAUCGGUCAGUCGCCGUCAAUGCUUCCCGCGUAGCCUACUGCGCACAGAGCCCCGUACUGACCGACGGGACUGUCCGGGACAACAUCGUCGGGCGGGCGUCGGCUUCAGAGUUGGUGGACGAGGUGCUGUACAAACAGGUCCUCGAGGCCACGGCUCUCGUGGAUGAUCUCACCCGGCUGCCCCGGGGUGACGCUACGCCACUAGGAUGUCAUGGCGAGAGCCUCAGUGGUGGACAGCAGCAGCGUGUGGCGAUUGCGCGCGCGCUCUAUCACACGUCUGACUUGUUUCUUGCCGACAACCCUCUGUGCAGCCUCGACCGAGCUACGGGACAGUUGGUUCUGCGCCGUGUCUUUGGCCCUGAUGGCAUGCUCCGCCGCCGCCGCGUCACUGUCGUCAUGGUCACCGAUCCUGAGUCCGCAGCCCGCGUUGCGGACCAGCUCCUCGACAUCUCUCCGACGGGAGACAACGUCCAAGAAGAAGGCGGCGAGAACAUUAUGUCUGACGACCAUGGAAGAGCAGCCGAGAGUGAGAUUUUCGAGAAAGAAACUGCGAUUAUUAGCAAAGAGACUGUUCAAAUAAUGGCCGACCGUGUCGAUACCGAGAGCCAAAGGGACAGUAGCAAUCCUACGAAAUGCCAAAACCCCCGGAUGACUGGGACUAAGAAAGCCUCCGAGACAUCGACGUGGCUUUAUUACUUCUCAAGCGUCGGGCUAGCAUCUUUCGUCCUCUUCGCCGUCUGGGUCAUGGCGUUUGGCGCUCUUGUGACAUAUCCGACAAUCUGGGUCCAGUCAUGGACAUCGGACAUGGCGCGUAGCAGCCCUCCCGGUCCCCGGCGUUCCUCGGGGUACUACAUUGGUGUCUACGGCGCCUUGGCCGUGUCCUGUCUGGUCGCCAAUCUCAUCAUGGGUCUUAUAGUUCUUGUCGUGUUCGUCCGCAACGCCGGCAGAUCCCUUCACGAGGGCGCACUCCAGGCCGUCAUGAUGGCACCCACAUACUUCCUUGCUGCCGCCGACGUCGGCGCUGUCGUCACCUACUUUUCACAGGACCUCGCCAUCCUCGACGGGCAGCUCGCGGGCGCCCUCGUCAACCUUGCCGCUACUGCUGCCGUAAUUGCCGGCCAGGGUGUCCUGCUAGCCAUCUCGUCUCCCUGGCUCGCUAUCACCUUUCCUUUUCUGCUGGCUGUUGUCUAUUUAAUAGCCCGCGUCUACGUCCCUGCCGCCGCUCGCCUGCGUGUGCUUGACCUCGAGGCAAAAGGUCCGCUUGUCGCGCACGUUCUUGCCUCGGCCUCGUCGCUUUCGACCCACCGCGCCUUCGGCCACGUCUCGCGCGAGAUCCGCCAUGCCCACGCCCUUCUCGCCAUCUCGCAGAAGCCCAGCUACUUCCUUGGUAUGGCACAGCAGUGGAUGAUUCUCGUCAACAAUCUUAUUGUCACUGCGCUAGCCACAGGGCUCACUGCCCUUGCCGUCUCGCUCCGUCUUGGCGCCGGGUCUGUCGGCGUUGGCCUAGUCACUCUCAUCAGCCUUAGUCGCAACCUGUCCGACGCACUGCGUGCCUACACCAUGGUCGAGAUCGCCCUCGGCGCCGUUGCACGCCUCAUGGCUUUUGCUCAGGAGACGCCUCGCGAAAAGACGGGCAAGGUCGCGGCGUCAGCUGAGGCAUGGCCCGCCGCCGGACUUAUUAGCAUCGAUGGCGUCUCUGCCGGCUAUGGCGACUUGGAUGAUCCCGAUUAUUCGACGGUCCUGCACAACAUCACCUUGGUAGUGACUCCAGGCGAGAAGGUGGCCAUCUACGGGAGAACCGGCAGCGGCAAGUCCUCGCUUAUCCUCAUGGUCCUCGGCAUGCUCGAACCCCUCCGAAGCUGUACCCGCAGCGUGCGUAUCGACCAAGUCGUCACCGCCGACCUUGACCCGGCCCUCCUCCGCGAGCGCAUCAUUGCAAUGCCUCAAAACACUGUCUUCCUCCCGGAUGGCGCAACGGUGCGGGAUAAUGUCAACCCUCUUGGUUGCGCCUCGACCCAGGACUGUCGGCACGCCCUUGACGCCGUUGGUCUGCUGCCUAAGCUGUCGAACCUUGAUGCUGUUCUGGACCCGAGAACAUUCAGCGAGGGGCAGCGACAGCUAUUUGGGCUGGCGCGGUGCGUCGCGCGCCGGCGGGCGAGGCUGCGCCAGGGCGCUGAGGGCGGGCUGCUUCUCCUGGAUGAGGUAACGGCGCACGUGGACUGCGAGACGUCGGCCAUGAUGAACGAGAUUGUGGCCCGUGAAUUCGCCAAGUAUACCGUCUUGGCCGUAACGCACCAGCUCCUGGAUGCGACCCUAUUCCCGCGGGCGGUGGUCAUGGACGCGGGGCGGGUGGUGGAAGACGGUAGGACACGCGAGCUUCUUCUAGACGAGACAUCACAUCUUUCUACGCUGCAUAGACAGCUAGAUAUAUAAGUAAAGAGGAAUUUAACAAUCUAGCUAUUCUAUAUCAAUGAGAUACUAGAGAGCUAUGUGUAUACAUAUCAAUAAUAUUUAUACAACCUGGCCCUAAGCAGAAUGUAAACAAAACCAGUGUGUAUAAUUAAUUAAUUUAGAAACAAAGUAGUAAAAAUACUUUGAGCUUUUUAGCACCAUACAGGGAAG